AGCCGAGGGCGGCGCUGGUGGCGGAGAAGGAGCCGGGAGAGAAAGGUCAGCAUCCCAUGGGGCAGGUGCCCCCCCGGGACCUCCCCACCGGUGCCGCGCUCCCGCCGAGGGCCCUGGGGCCGGAGGAGAAGUGGAAGCCGGGACGGGAGGGGGAGAGCAGUGGGGGAGGGGACGGGGAGAGUCCCCCCACAGAGAGGAACAGCGGGGACGAGGUGGUGAGGACCCAGGUGUCCGGGAGCCCCAAGGAGGUGGCUGGAGCGUCACCCGAAGAGGAGGGGACCCCAGCAACUGUGAUGGUCACACCCGGCUCAGGGAGCAAGGGGCUGCCAGGCCACGCCAGCAAGACGCUGCCCUCCUCGCCCAGCAAGGCCGGGGGGGGGCCGAGCCGCGCCAAGAUGUCGCUGACGGGCACCAGCAAGUCGCCCCCGUCGGUGCAGAGCCUGGCCAUGCGGCUGCUCAGCCUGCCCGGCGCCCGCCUGCCCCUGGAGGGGGGGCCCGCGGGGGAGCCCUCGCCCCCCGCCCCCCCGGACCCCAAGCCCAAGGUCCACCGGGCCCGCAAGACCAUGGCCAAGCCCAGCAACGGACAGGUCCCCGAAAAGCGAGUCUCUGAGAUGCUGCAUUUCCGAGUCUCUGACGACCUGCGGAGCAUCGAGGAGCCAGAGCCGGCCAAGCGGCAGAAGCUGGACUACAGGACGGAUUCGAUUCACAAGCGGCUCCCGUCCUCCCUGCACAGAUCCAGCCCCCGGGCCAGCACCGAGAUCACGGUGACGGAGGAAAUGGCGGCUCCGCCCAGCGAGUCCCGCCCCCUGGGGGACCCCUCGGGGGCCCGGGGUGCGGGGGGGCCCCUGGAGGAGUGGGAGACCGAGGUGGGCGAGGACUUCAGCCUUUUCUACGACAGCUACUCCGUGGACGAGCACGGUGACUCGGACAGCAAGUCGGAGGCCGACAGGGCAGGGGAACAAAUGAGUGAGGAAGAGGAGGAGGAGGAGGAGGAGGAGGAAGAGGAUGAAGAAGACGAAGAAUCCGGGACCAUGUCGGACAGGAGCGCGUCCAGCACCAAGCGCAAGGCCAAGAAGCGCUGGAAAAACGACAGCCCCUGGGUGAAACCGUCCCGCAAACGCAAGAGGAAGGAGGCUCGGCCCAAGGACGGGCGAGGUGUCACCGGGGUCCCCGCGGCCGGGCACAGCGAGUACACGGAGGUGCCGCUGGGGUGUCUGGAGCUGCCCGGCGAGGGGGCGCUGUCCCCCAACAACGCAGGCGUGUCCAGCAGGCAGGCUCGCUGGAGACCGGCGCCGAGAGCUGCCCCUCUGCUCCUGCCGCAUGGAGGCCCCCAAGAUCGAGCGGCUCAGCGAGGCCGCCCGCAGCCACUGCAUGGCCACCGAGCGCGCCGGCGGCGAGCUGAGUGGCUGUGGCUCCAGCGUGCUGAAGCGGGAGACCAUGCGCCCGUCCAGCCGGGUGCCCCUCAUGGUUCUGUGCGAGUCCCAUCGCGCCCGGAUGGUGAAACACCACUGCUGCCCCGGCUGCGGGCACUUCUGCACGGCCGGCACCUUCCUGGAGUGCCACCCCGACCUGCGGGUGACCCACCGGUUCCACAAGGGCUGCGUGUCCCAGCUCAACGGGCUGAUCUUCUGCCCGCACUGCGGCGAGGACGCCUCGGAGGCCCAGGAGAUCACCAUCGCCCGGGCCGACACCUCCACCUCCACCCCGCCCCGCCCGGCCAGGAGCCCCCCGACGCCCCCGGCCGCGCCGACACCACCCAGCCCAGCGCCCGGAUGCGGGGGAAGGGCGAGGGACGCCUGGUCCCCCAUGACCCACUGGCCGACGGGAUCGACAGCUCCGGGGGGCCCGUGCUGACCCUGCCGUCGGGCGCCGCCAUCUCGCCACUGGGGCUGGGCCCGGGGCCGGGCCGCGAGCAGCUCGAGAAGGCCUUGAUCGUGCAGGAGGCCGAGAGGCGGAAGAAGCUGCGGUUCCACCCCCGCCAGCUCUACCUCUCCGUCAAGCAGGGCGAGCUGCAGAAGGUGCUGCUGAUGCUGCUGGACAACCUGGACCCCAACUUCCAGAGCGACCAGCAGAGCAAGCGCACCCCGCUGCACGCCGCCGCGCAGAAGGGGUACCUGGAGAUCUGCCACGUGCUGCUGCAGGCUGGCGCCAACAUCAACGCGGUGGACAAGACGCGGCGGACGCCGCUCAUGGAGGCCGUGGUGAGCAACCAGGUGGAGACGGCGCGGUACAUCGUCCGCCGGGGCGGCUGCGUCUACAGCAAGGAGGAGGAUGGUUCGACCUGCCUCCAUCACGCGGCCAAGUGCGGGAACCUGGCCAUGGUCUCUCUGCUGCUGGCCACGGGGCAGGUGGACGUCAACGCCCAGGACAACGGCGGCUGGACCCCCAUCAUCUGGGCUGCGGAGCACAAGCACAUCGAGGUGAUCCGCAUGCUGCUGACCCGCGGCGCCGACGUCACCCUGACAGACAACGAGGAGAACAUCUGCCUGCACUGGGCCUCCUUCACGGGCAGCGCGGAGAUCGCCGAGGUGCUGCUGAACGCGCAGUGCGACCUGCACGCCGUGAACUGUCACGGGGACACGCCGCUGCACAUCGCCGCCCGCGAGAGCUACCACGACUGCGUCAUGCUGUUCCUGUCACGAGGGGCUGACCCCGAGGUGCGGAACAAGGAGGGUGACUGCCCCGUGGACCUGACGCUGGAGAACUCCGAGGUCUGGUUCGCUCUGCAGCUGAACCGCAAGAUCCGGCAGGGCAUCCUGAACCGGGCGCUGCGGACCGAGCGCAUCAUCAGCAGGGACGUAGCCCGCGGCUACGAGAACGUGCCCAUCCCCUGCGUCAACUCGGUGGACGAUGAGCCGUGUCCCGACGACUAUAAAUACAUCUCGGAGAACUGCGAGACCUCCACCAUGAACAUCGACCGCAACAUCACACACCUGCAGCACUGUACCUGCCAGGACGAUUGCUCCUCCAGCAACUGCCUGUGCGGCCAACUCAGCAUCCGCUGCUGGUACGACAAGGAUGGGCGCCUGCUCCAGGAAUUCAACAAGAUCGAGCCGCCCCUCAUCUUCGAGUGUAACCAGGCGUGCACCUGCUGGAGGAACUGCAAGAACCGGGUCGUCCAGAGCGGCAUCAAGGUCCGACUGCAGCUCUACCGGACGGCCAAGAUGGGCUGGGGGGUGCGAGCCCUUCAAACCAUCCCCCAAGGGACCUUCAUCUGCGAGUACGUGGGGGAGCUGAUCUCCGACGCGGAGGCCGACGUGCGGGAAGAUGACUCGUAUCUCUUUGAUCUGGACAACAAGGACGGCGAGGUGUACUGCAUUGAUGCCCGUUACUACGGCAACGUGAGCCGGUUCAUCAACCACCUGUGCGAGCCCAACAUCAUCCCGGUGCGAGUGUUCAUGCUGCACCAGGACCUGCGCUUCCCCCGCAUCGCCUUCUUCAGCAGCCGCGACAUCCGCGCCGGCGAGGAGCUGGGGUUCGACUACGGGGACCGGUUCUGGGACAUCAAGAGCAAAUACUUCACGUGCCAGUGCGGGGCGGAGAAGUGCAAACACUCGGCCGAGGCCAUCGCGCUGGAGCAGAGCCGUCUGGCCCGCCUGGAGGCGCACCCCGAGCUGCUGCCCGACGUGGGGGGGCUGCCCCUGCUGGGCCCCUGAGCCCCCCCCCCCCGGGGACCCCCCCGGUUCCUGCCCCUGCUGGGCCCCUGAGCCCC